UUUCUGGUGCACCUUUUCUAUUCUGACUUCUCUAUUAAAUCACGUCUAAGCAAAAACUAAAUGUUUUGAUGGGCAGAUAUGCCAAAAAAUGUGGAACGCUUCACGAUUUUGCGUGUCAUCCUUGCGCAGGGGCCAUGCUAAUCUUCUCUGUAUCGUUCCAAUUUUAGUAUAUGUACCGCCGAAGCGAGUACGGCAUUUGGCGUGGUUUCAUUUGUAUAUAUACCGCAGCCACACGGACGGAGAUAGCAGCGGGUGGCAAUCUUUUUACCAGAACGAUAGCCCCCUGACAACAUAGAAUAAACAGUGAAACUAAGCGGUCAGCUGUUCCUUGUGGGAUUUGGCGCCAAGGAUCAGAUUAGAUGAGUUCUGCUUUUGUCUCGCCAGGCCCGGGCCCGAAUUAACCUCAACCGUGUGUUCUCAGGCGUUUGCCUGACAUCUAAGAAAUGGAAGAUACUUUUGGGGAAGAUGAUUAUUUUGGUGAAGAUGAGCAUAUUCCUGCCCACGAAGUGUUGCAAACUUUAGAAGACGCUUGGUUAAAUGAAAAGUUUUGUCCAGACCUCUUGCCUUCUCAAGAUUCGUAUGUUGAGGCCAUGAUGGAACAAAUUCAACAAAUGGAAGAUAAUUUAACCAAAUUAAAAAAGACUGACUUUAGAGUUGAAGUUCAUCAUAUGGAACUUGCAAGAAUCAGGUACAUAAUUACAAGUUACCUCCGCACUCGUAUAGAGAAAAUUGAGCAAAACACUGCUUUUAUUUUGGAGCAAGAAACUACUCGAAGUCCUGAGAAUCCUCAUUUGUCUGAGGGUGAACUGAAUUAUGCAAGGGAAUUUCUUGCUCUGCAGGAAAAUCAUCAAAAACAAUUGGUUUUGAAACAUGUGCCUCCUCCUUUUCAAGACUUCAUGUCAACUCAACAGUCAUUAGUUCCAAAUCUCCGAAGCCAUAUUUUUCUUCGAGCCAAGAAAGAUGUGAAUGGGGUGGUGAUUGAAGGCGAUCGUGACACUAGAGAUGAAGAGGUUGACUUAGAAGAGAAUUCUCAGCACAUAAUGCAGUAUAAACCAAUUGCUAAUCUUAUACAUGAUGGCUCUGUUCAAUUAAUUUGAUUUGUUACUGUUGUAUUUUAACUCCAUAUGUCCAUAGCAGCAUGUCAAAUAUUCGUUUUAUUGAACAUGGUUUUUGUUGAUCCUUUUCUAUUAUAAUUAUUAUCAAAAUAAGA